CUCCUCUUCAAUCUCCAGGACGCGAUGAUAUGGUUGAUCUCCCAAGGUGGGUUCAGUCUGUUGUUAGGGAAGAGUGGACAGCUGAAGUUUUUGAUGUGGAGCUAAUGAGGUACCAAAACAUUGAAGAAGAAAUGGUGCAAAUGUUGCAAAUUGCCAUGGCCUGCGUGGCAAAGAUGCCAGAUAUGAGACCUAGCAUGGAUGAAGUAGUGCGAAUGAUCGAAGAGAUUCGGCAAUCCGACUUGGAGAACCGACCAUCUUCUGAAGAGAAUAAAUCUAAGGACUCAAAUGUUCAGACUCCAUAGAUUAACUAGCAUUUUGCUUAACCAGGAAGCAACAAUAAAUGGUAUAUAAUGGUGCAUUCUUAGUCGAGUUUUCUCAAGCUGUAUUCAAACCUUUCUUUCCAAUUGUUUAAUAUCUCUCAUAGAUGUUGUUCCAUGAGUUAUUUUCUCCUAUAGGUAGAUUGCUUUUAUGAAUUCUUAUGUAUUAACAACAUGAUUCAAUUAAUGAUCUUCAUUCAAGCUCAUUUUGUCCCGUGAAAUUGUUUUUGUGCUAUUUUUAACACCAUAUGCGUAUUAUUUCACCUUAUGAAUAAUGUUACCUUGAGUCAUGUUCAAAUAUUUUGUGUUAUACAGGUUUUGACUCGUGAAGCGCUCUCAUUUCAUCGUGAGUCAGCGUGUUGAGUUAAAAGAAUGAGUUGAAUGUGAGCUGUUUACAAGUGCAUGAUCUCAUUUUCACCCAGUAUUCUAACUUAAUUUGUAAAUUUUCUUUAUGAUAUAAUCUCUCCAAAGGUUUGUGUUAAAACAAAAUCAAAGCACCUAUCUAAACGAAAUGAUGCUUUCAAUAUGUAUUUAAGUCAUUUUUAAUAUGCAAGAUUUUAAGUAAUGAUAAAAAAAAAAAAAAAUCUAAUGAAAGAUUCUAAUAUGUAUUUAAGUCCUCAAAUGAUAAAACUUUUUUUGGUCUUUUAUCUUAUUUUUUGGCUUAAAGGUUUUUUUUUUGCUUUAACCCAACCCUAAUGUCAUAUUAAAAUAUAAAUGUGGAUUUGUUUUAAGAUAGUGAGUGACUUAUUUAUUUAAAAUGUUAAAAUUCGUGGGUUUUUUUUUUUUAACUAAUUAUUGAUCUUAUUAUCUAACAAAUUCUCCUUUUAUCCUCCUGUAUGAUUCUCGAAGUUAGGUGCCUCUAAUCAUAUUAUGGAUACUUUGUCAAUCUUGAAUUGCCAGGUUACCACCGAUGAGUUCAUGGUUGCAAAACUUAAGGGUCUUCCAUUUACACAAAUAGAUUCCACUACCAUUCUUACUUCCUUUUACCCUCUUCACCUUUCUUCUGCUUUUAAUAUCCCAUGUUUACUUAAAAUCUUAUAUUCUUUCUCUCAACUUUUGUUAAAUUCUUUACUUGACAUUUUGAGGUAAAGACUUUGAACAAAAUCAUUUAUUUCAAUACUUUCCUAUUGAAGGACUUUGUCUUUUUUUAUGUACAAUAAGCAUUAGAAAAGGUUUGGCAUUUCUAAUGGCCAGCCAACUCUAUCAAAUCAUUUAUCCACACAAAGGUUAAUUACUUAAAGACAGUUUCUUAGAAUAAAAACAUAAAACUUGGUAGAUGUUGCAACCACUUCGAUAAUUUCUCCACCGUAAAAGAUAUCCUUUGUGCACAAUGUAACAAUGUAACUAUGAUUUUCUAUUUAAAGUUCUGUUUAAGAAGAUUGUCUAUUUAAAGUCUGUUCAAAUAGCAUUUUGCUUUGUAAUAUACUAUUAGUUAAAUAUUUACAUUACACUAUAAAUAUAUUAUAUCUGAAAUAGUAAGUAUAUAUUCACAGAUAAAUGUCAACUAUAUGACUUGGCGAAACUACAUGCCCCUUUAAGACCAUUCUUGUCUCCAUAUAUAUAUCCGCCAACCUUGAUUUACCAUAUAUAGAUUUGUGCAUUUGUGGUGAAAAAAACACUAAACCCUUGAAGUUAAAGAAAACCAUCAUACAAAUAACCUAUCUUUUAGCAAGGUUAAUUAUGUUAAACUAAUUAACAUUAGGCAUAGGUGUGUUCCCCUUGAAGGUGGUCAAUAUAUGGAGGAGCAACCACAAAGCAAGUCGGCGUUGGUGAAGAAUCUGUCCACCGGCAGUUUCCGGAAUCCGAGCCGCCGCGUGGCCUUAGAAAUGCCCACCCACCACCGCACUUGCUCUAGCCCUAGCGACAUCAAUUCCUCCAUUGACCACCUUGACAAGAGACGUUGCCAUCCAUGUUGUUUUGGAUGUUGUGCAUGGACAUGUGUUGUUGUGUUCGUCUUAAUCAUUGCUUUUCUCUUUGUUGGAAUCGCCUAUGUGGGUUUCCUCAAAUCAGGAAUGCCAGAAGUUAACGUGAGAAUGUUCAACAUAACCAAGUUACAAGUUGAUAAUAACACACAAAAGAUGGAUGCAAUUAUAAACCUAGUACUAAAGGUUUCUAACAAGAAUGAGAAGCUUAAGCUUUUUUAUAGCCCUCUUUCUGUUGAUGUCGCAAGUGAUGAUGUGCCAUUGGGAAAGACCAAAGUCCAUGGAUUUUCUCAAAUGCCUAUGAAUGACACCAAUUUGAAUAUGACUAUGGUAUUGGAAAAUGCUGAUGUUAACACGUAUGCUGUGGAUGAUUUGAAAUCAGACAUCAAAGCCUAUGAGAUGGUGUUUGAUGUGUAUGUCAAUGGGAAAAUUGGUUUUCAGGUUGGAAGUUGGCAUAUGAGUAAAGUCCCAUUUCUAGUAUCUUGUCAUCAAAUCAAGCGCAUGGAUGUGGAUUUUGGAAGAAGGCCUCCAUGUAAUGUUAAGAUGUUUGCUAUCAGGUAAAAUUAACUAGAUAUAUAUUGCUAAUGUUAUGCCAUUUUGGAUUGCAUAAAUUUUGGUGAUUAAUUGAUAGACAUUUGUUUGAAUUUGAGAGAUUUGUAUAUCUAGUUUGAUGAAACUUGAAACUUGAGCAAGGAAUAAGGUUGGCCAGGGUCUGAUUUUCAGGUAGAGAUAUGUUCAAAUUGUGGUUGACUCCCAGUGCAACCAAAAGAGAAAAAAAAACAAAGGCAUGCAUAACAGAAAAUGAAAUUAUACAUAUGAGGGUGUUUC